AUGGAUCCUGAUCUCGCUGACGCGGAAUUUGUUGCUCACCAACAGCUCAGGGCUGCAAAACCAACACAAUUGACAGAGGGAGACAAGCUUCACGCUACCCGGGAACCGUUGCACGACUGCGACGCAACGCACCUACGCCCUCUCCAUGAACAGGUCCUUGUUCAGCUACGUCAGGUCAAGGACCCAGAUAUAGGACGCGAUAUUGUCGCGCUAGGUUUCGUGAAGGACCUAGAAGUUGGAGAGGAGGAGACGGGAGGCAGAAAUGUCAAAUUUUGCCUGAAUCUCACCACCCCAGCCUGUCCCUUCAAGGGACAAAUUCAAGAAGAAGCACAGGCAUCGGUGAAAUGCUUGCCUUGGGUCAAGGAGGUGGAGGUUACCUUGACAUCAAUGGCUCACAGCCGCGGUGCCUCGUCCGGCCGACCCCCAAACUUGAGGCGUGUGGGUUUUAUUAUUGGCGUCGCUUCUUGUAAGGGAGGAUCGGGCAAGAGCACUAUCGCCCUUUCUUUGGCGCUGAUGCUGAGGAAGAGUGGGGCUAAAGUGGGACUGCUAGAUGCGGAUAUAUACGGGCCAAGUCUGCCUACCCUGCUUAACAGGGAGGAGGCAAGAGUAGUUUUUGGUGCAGAGGAGAGUGAGUUGGAAGAACAAGCCAAGAAACCCACCCAUAAAAGGUUACCCACUUCCCGAGGCAAAAAGGGAGCCUCAGCUUUAAGGCGUGGACUCAUUGAAUACGAAGAAGGGCCUCUGACGGUCUCAGCGGCCCGAGCAGGUCCCCGUGAAGAUGCUUCCAAACCAAAACCUGCGAAGGGAGAAGAUAUGAGCAUGAUUCCCAUUAAAGUUUCCGGCAUCAAAUGCAUGUCAUACGGAUUCAUAGGGAAGAAGAAUGACCAAGGGUACUCGGCUUUAAGGGGCCCAUUCGUCAGCUCAGUCGUAGAGCAGUUGCUGACGGGGACCCAGUGGGGAGCCCUCGACUAUCUGGUGGUAGAUUUACCACCCGGAACUGGGGAUAUUCAUAUAACUCUCACACAGCAACAAGUGCCUAUGGAUGGUUGUGUGGUCGUAACGACUGCGCAGUCUCUUAGUUUGGUGGACGCGGAGAAGGGCAUUCGAAUGUUGAAGAGCCUGAGCAUCCCGACUCUGUCAGUUGUUUGCAACAUGGCGUACUUCAUCUGCAGCCACUGCGAGGAACGCCACGAGCUCUUCGGCCGCCCUGAAGCAACGCAGCAGCUGGCCGAGCUCAGCAGCGCCCAUCAGUUGGUUCUGAUUCCCUUCGACGUCAGACUCAAUUCUGCCACCUUUGCAGGAUCGCCACUCCCGGAUGCAAGGGAUUCUUUUGUGGAUAGGCUGGGUCCUGACGACCCAGUGUGGAGAGCUAUCCGGUCUCUCGCCGAUAGAGUGGCUUGCGAGUUGUCUACCCUUCGCUAUGGAUCCCUGAAACCCCAACUAUCUCUCGCCGCCGAUGGGUCUGCUGUCCUGGUGGCCCUCCUACGUCCCGAAGGAGCACUUUUAGGCGAGGGUGUUUCCGUGAUGGUGAAGGAGGCUUUUGAGUUGUCGGGGGACGUUUUGCGACCCCGGUGCAGUUGCUUCGAGUGCAAAGGACAGCAGAGAGGACUGCCUCCCUGGAAGUAA